CUCCAGAGAGCAGUCACUCAGAGGGACUUGACUUUCCUCCUAGUGAGAUCACCUGCACCACCAAUCCUCUCUGUCUCUGUCUCUCUCCAAAUCUACUACCCCCCUCACAGGAUCAGAACAGCUGCAGCUAUGAGCAUCAGUUACAGGAGCAGUGGCAGCAUGAGCGGAGGCUUCAGCUCCGGCGGAGGCGGAGGAUUCAGCUCCGGUGGCGGUGGUGGCGGCAGUGUGAGGAAGAGCUUCUCCAGCUUCUCCUCUUCAGCAGCCCCCAUGGGCUCCAGCCGUAUGAGCAGCUCGUCUGUUAGACGCUCUGGAGCCAGCGGUGGUGGCGGCUUCGGCCUGGGCGGUGGUGGAGGAGGCUUCGGCCUGGGCAGUGGUGGAGGAGGCUCCAGCUUCAGCUACAUGAGCAGUGGUGGAGGCAUGGGCGGUGGCGGUGGAGGCUUCGGUCUGGGCGGCGGCGGUGGCGGUGGAGGCUUCGGCAUGGGCGGUGGCGGUGGAGGCUUCGGCAUGGGCGGUGGCGGUGGAGGCUACGGCAUGGGUGGCGGUGGCGGCGGCUUCGCCCCUAUCACAGCUGUCACAGUCAACACAAGCCUGCUAGCCCCCCUCAACCUGGCGAUUGACCCCAACAUCCAGACCGUCCGUACCCAUGAGAAAGAACAGAUCAAGGGCCUCAACAACCGCUUCGCCUCCUUCAUUGAUAAGGUACGCUUCCUGGAACAGCAGAACAAGAUGCUGGAGACCAAGUGGAGCCUCCUGCAGGACCAGACCACCACCCGCUCCAACAUCGAUGCCAUGUUCGAGGCCUACAUCGCCAACCUGCGCAGACAGCUGGAUGGCCUGGGAGGAGAGAAGGUCAAGCUGGAAGGAGAGCUGAUGAACAUGCAGCAUCUGGUGGAGGACUUUAAGAACAAAUACGAAGAUGAAAUCAACAAGCGUGCCUCAGUGGAGAACGAGUUUGUCCUCCUCAAGAAGGAUGUUGAUGGUGCCUACAUGAACAAGGUUGAGCUGGAGGCCAGGGUCGACUCCCUUCAGGAUGAGAUCAACUUCCUCAGGGCCAUCUAUGAAGCGGAGCUGAAUGAGCUGCAGGGCCAGAUCAAGGACACCUCAGUGGUGGUGGAGAUGGACAACAGCCGUAACCUGGACAUGGACUCCAUCGUGGCUGAAGUGCGCGCCCAGUAUGAGGACAUCGCCAACCGCAGCAGAGCCGAGGCCGAGUCAUGGUACAAGCAGAAGUUUGAGGAGAUGCAGUCCUCUGCAGGACAACAUGGUGAAGAUCUGCGCAACACCAAGGCAGAGAUGGCCGAGCUGAACCGCAUGAUCAGCCGUCUCCAAAACGAGAUCGAAAACGUCAAAGGACAGCGUGCUAACCUGGAAAACCAGAUCGCAGAGGCUGAGGAGCGUGGGGAGAUGGCGGUGAAGGAUGCCAAGCUCCGCAUCAGGGAUCUGGAGGAGGCCCUCCAGAGAGCCAAGCAGGACAUGGCCCGGCAGGUACGCGAGUACCAGGAGCUGAUGAACGUCAAACUUGCCCUGGACAUUGAGAUUGCCACCUACAGGAAACUACUGGAAGGAGAGGAGAGCAGGAUUACCGGAGGUGGAACUGGAGGUGGAACUGCAACCAUCCACAUACAGACCUCCAGCAGCGGCGGUGGUGGCUCCGGAGGUGGAUUCGGCAUGGGUGGAGGCGGCGGUGGCUUCGGAUAUGGCGGUGGCAGUGGCAUGUCCAUGAAAAGCGGCGGCGGCGGUGGCGGCUUCGGCAUGAGCAGCGGCGGCGGCGGCGGCAGCGGCUUCGGCAUGAGCAGCGGCGGCGGCGGCGGCGGCAGCGGCUUCGGCAUGAGCAGCGGAGGCGGCGGUGUCUCCAUGUCCCGUUCCUCCACGACCUCCUCAUCCAGACGCUUCUAAACACAGAAGUCUGUCUGGCUGUCCCCACCUCCCCCUCUCCUCCUCCUCUCCCUCUCUUCCUCGACAUUCAAAGCAAGCUACAAACUCCUCCUGUCACAUGCAGGCACAGAGCAUCUACUGAUCUACACUAUAACCCAGGAUGGGCUGACCCCCUUCUUAGCUGUAUAUGCCCCAUAGUUACUGGCUGAUAGGAAAUACUGGAUUCACAUCCCUGCACCCAGUGCUUCGCUGCCCCCAUAUUGCUAUGCAUUGUGGGGAAUGCCAGGCGAUCAACAUAAGCAGUAAUACUAAAGUGUCGCCCCUUUGCUCUGAGGUAAAUAAUCUAGCAUUAACUCUUAACACUCCCUUUCCUAGGGACAAUGGGUUUUCCACUGAUGUUUGCAAACAGUGUUUUUCUUUUCAUUCUGACCAAAAGGGCUGACUGAUACACCCAGAUGUAUUGAAUGUUAUUGCUGUACCACCAAAACAUUGUGAAUAAAUCGGAGUUCUAUAAAAUA